CCUCCAAAUUCGUAUGGCUGCACUGCACAAAUUUCCGUCAACUAACGAUUAACGACGGACGGCCCUGUUUCACUCAUAAUAUUAGUUUAUUUUUAUGCGCGCUGAGUGGCAGAGUUGCUCGGUUACCUCCCUGUCCAAGCAUAGCCAGGAUGAUAUGUGACGGAUUCGGUGUGCACGUUCUGGGCCGCGACGGUCGACUGCGCUACGGCCGCGUGGUCGACGUGGCAGACGACGGGCUCUUCGUCGACAUGCUCUGUUCCAACCGACGACGCGAAUUCUGGUCAAUCGACAAGUGCUUUUCGUCUGAAUUUCUAUCUGGAGACGUCCUGGCAAAACACUACGCUGCAAAUUACAACUCCACCGUUUCCGUGGUCGUCCUCGUCCCGGAGACUCCGUGCGGUCCGUGGAUUUGGGUUCCCGGCGAAAUAUCCUGCCAUGGAGGCGGUGUGCAGUAUGCGUUCUACGAAGAGGUGCUUGUUCGUUGGCACGAUGUCCUGACGGGAUUGCCCCGCACUGAUGUCGUCCCGAUCGACCGCAUCCGCUGCCUGCAGGAAGGGAAAGGACGCUGUGCCGUUCAAAAGGUCGAAUAUACAGCACUUCACCCGCGCAUGCAGCUGGGUACGUUCACUCGACACAGUGUGCAGUUAGACGGGCAAUUGCGAUCGCUGUCGACCACGGAGGCGCAGACACUCAUCCAGCGUUGGAAUACCGGCAUUCUGUGGUAUGCUUGCCGGGGCAUCCGCUUAGUGGACACCGUGGGCGACCGGUUGGACUACUUGCUCAUUUCUGGCUGUGUUAUAUCCGACCCGAUUGAAACAUUAUGCCUUCUGAAUGUAGUGAAAGGUUUGCAAGAUGAGUGGACCUGGAUGGUCAAGAUGAUGAUCAGGGAUGACUACAGCGGGCUGCCGCCGGAACUGUGGCGGGAAGUGUUUUCCCAGUUGGACACGGACACGGUGUCACAGACCCGGCUACGUUUCGUCUGCUCCACGUGGAACCUGCUCCACGUGGAACCUGCUGAUGGAUUCGCCAGCGCUCUCGGCUCUCAUAGUCCUGGAACGCCGUUGUGUACCAUGCAAACGGUUUCCAUGCGAACAUUUUCACCCUGUAUCGUCGGUGGCGCUUUUCAAAAGUCUCCGUCCAGCCACACGCCACGUGGCGUUGGUGGAUGGAGAGGGAACGAUGACGACGAACGACUUGCUGAAUAUGAGCGACAUGUUGCUGUACACGGCCAAGCAUCGACCAGAGAUCCGAUUGGCCGCGCUGCAUCUGAUUGGUUGGCAGAUUUCAUUCCUGGUCAACCGCGUCACCGACCACUAUGGAAAGGAAAGCCCGUGUGCGCAGCAUAAUCCCGCUCGCUGGUUUGCUGAAACCUUUUACCCAGACCGGGUUCGCGAACACUGUCGUCUGCAGGAUUUCAUAAAAAUUUUCAGUAGUUUGCCGUGCGAAUCCCUGCGCAUGGUCAAUUGUACGGUCAAAUGGUUCUGCCCAUUCGACGAUCACGGGAGUAGAAUCAGCGUAGAAGGGAUAGCGCUACGGCUGACAUUCGGGGCAUCAACGUUGGCCAUGGACCAAAUCGGCCGCUUUUUCCAGAGAAGUGUGUGCAUUUUCUGUUGGCGCGCAUUUGAUCUGUUUCACUGAUCACGACAAUGAACAUGAUGAGUUUGCGCUUUUGUACUUUUUAAAAUAUUUCAACCUGUU